UUGAACCAAAACGUCAUCGAACAUCUAAAGUCCGCGUUUGCCCAGUAGUUGUUCCUCCUCGAACCAUCCUACGUUUGAUUUGUUUAUUCGCGUGUGGUGAUCUAUUUCUGUGUUUAAAGGAAAACGAACGAUUUCGGGAAAGUAAACGGGGCGAAAUUUUUUAAUGAGUGUCCCCCGUUCGCAGACACGAGAAGGAGGAGCGAAACCCUAAAUGUUCUGUUGUUGGUCUAAUGGUGGAGAGACAAACAGAGCUUUUUUUUAUUGAAGGUAUCUAUGUUACCCGCUUUACACAUACAUAAUACACUCAUUCAUUUUACUUAAUACACAGACAGAAUACGACACACACAUACACACGUACUACAUUUUUAGUCUCCCUGUUAAGCCGCCAUCUUUAUUUCGCGAAUCAAAGGCGUUGACUCAAUAUAAAGAGAUAUAAAGAAAAAGGAAUUUUUUCAUCGUUAUUAAAGUCCAAUGGCUGCAAUACGUAAAAAAUUGGUAAUUGUUGGUGAUGGUGCAUGUGGAAAAACAUGUCUUUUAAUAGUAUUUAGUAAAGAUCAAUUUCCUGAAGUGUACGUACCGACCGUAUUUGAAAAUUACGUUGCUGAUAUUGAAGUUGAUGGUAAACAAGUUGAAUUGGCUUUAUGGGAUACAGCUGGACAAGAAGAUUAUGAUCGUUUAAGACCAUUAAGUUAUCCGGAUACCGAUGUAAUAUUAAUGUGUUUUUCUGUUGAUUCACCGGAUUCGUUGGAAAAUAUACCUGAAAAAUGGACUCCGGAAGUAAAACAUUUUUGUCCAAACGUUCCUAUAAUAUUGGUUGGGAAUAAAAAGGAUUUACGAAAUGAUCUAAAUACAAUUAAGGAAUUGAGUAAGAUGCGUCAAGAACCGGUUAAACCUCAGGAUGGUCGUGCGAUGGCUGAAAAAAUUAAUGCGUUUGAAUAUCUUGAAUGUUCUGCUAAAAGUAAAGAAGGCGUCCGAGAGGUUUUCGAAACCGCAACGAGGGCUGCACUUCAAGUUAAAAAGAAGAAGAAACGCCCCUGUAUUCUCUUUUAAGUCCUAAUUAUUAUUAUAUUAUAUUAAUGAAAAAAAAAACUUUUUUUUUUUGAGAAAAAA